AUGUCUCCACCAUUUUUGGAUGUAAAAGCAAGAUAACAAACCUUUUCCUCAGAUAUUGAGUAUAAUGAAAUUCUAGCUUAAUCUACAUUCCCUAUCUUUUUAGACAUUAUUCUACUAGAUAAUGGUAUUUAUUCUUAACUAAUCUUUAGCUUUUUCUUGUAUUGCUGUCCUUAUAAUUUCACAUUAGCUAAUUUUUUAAUCAUAAGAUGCUCUAAUUAUGAAAGGAGAAUUAAUUAAUUAAUCAGGCCAAGAUUUACAAACAUUAUCUAAACAAAAAGGAUGUUGCCUUUUUAAAAAACCAAACAAGAUUAUAUUAACAUUCAUUAUUUAAAUUAAAUAUUACCAAUUUACAAUCUGA